CCUCGUGCAUCGUGUUCCCUCGUGAAUCGUGUUCCCUCGUGAAUCGUGUUCCCUCGUGCAUCGUGUUCCCUCGUGCAUCGUGUUCCCUCGUGAAUCGUGUUCCCUCGUGCAUCGUGUUCCCUCGUGAAUCGUGUUCCCUCGGCCUCCCCUAUUCCGGCUGCGCUGGCUGCCCCAGGAGCGUCAACUCCUCCUCCCCUCUCUGCGCCAUGCGCCGCAUCACCAUGGCCUUCCUGCACGACCCGGAAGUUUCCUUCGCCAUCGCCGCCCGCACCGCCGCCCAUGUCAGCACGGUCACCGACUACUUCAGCGAGCUGCGCCGCCCGCUCGUCCUCAGAGCCAGCCAAUUGCAGCUCGACACGUGUCAGGGGUCGAAGGGGAGCGACGGUGGGGGGAGGGGAGAGGGUGUGGUGGAAGGAGAGGGAGUGAGAAGGGAGUUGGCGGAGGGUAGGAGAGACGGAGGGGGAGGGGGGGGAGGCGAGGGGAGGAUGAGCUCUAGCAUCAAGUGCGCUCAGCUGCAGGCAGCGGAGCUGUUCGCCCUCAGCUUCGCGCGUGCCAUCGUGCCGAUCCACCGCUGGUCCAUCGAGUCGCGCUUCAUUCUCGCGCAGGGCGCCCUGCGCUCCAAGGCCUUCCAGGUGCUGCCCUCCAUCUGCGAGGCUGAGAGGCUGCCGCCCAUCAUUCGCCACCGGUGGUCGUGGUUCACCCAGGUGGAAGAGAAGCUGAAGCUGGUGGUGUGCACCAUGCCCAAGGUGGCGGCCAACUCGUGGCUCAUGUGGCUGCGCGCCAAGCUGGGGCAGCCCAACCCGAAUGACCCCAUCCUGGCGCUCGAUGUGGACAAGGCCGGUUGGCACCUGCUGGGUCGCCACUUCACAGAGAAGGAGGCGGUGCGGCUGGUGACCCGCCCGGACUUCUUCCGCUUCACCUUUGUGCGCAACCCCUUCUCGCGCGCCCUCUCCGCCUACUCCAACAAGCUCGUGGUGUCCGACACCCCCAACAACAAGACCGGGCCUGGCUCCCGCGCCUACUGGAACGAGCGGUUCUUCCGGUUCAUCAAGCCGCAGUUCGACCUGCUGAAGGACGAGGACGACCUCGUGUCGUUCCCCGACUUCAUGCGCCUCGUCGCCAUGCUCAAGAAGAACUACCGCUGGAAGAUGGACCGCCACAUCGCGCCCCAGGUGGACGUGUGCUUCAUGCAGAUGAUCAAGUAUGACUUUGUGGGGCGGUUUGAGAAUCUGGAGGAGGAUGCCAAGUAUGUGGUGAACCGAUUCGGAGGCGACCACCUCGACAUCUUCAACUUCGGGGUCAAUGCGCAUCAGACCAAGGCGGACAGCAAACUCGUCAAGAAAUACACCAAGGAUGCAUACGAGCUUGUGAAGGAGGUUUAUGCCCAAGACUUCUUCAUCCCCCUCAAUAAUAUCACACAAACUGCACCGCCAGUCUUAUCACAAAUAUUUGAGGGUUGAUUCGUCUACUUGUUUCACAUGCCGUGCGUAAGCUAGCCAGGUGCUCACAACACCCAAAAUUUCGAGUUAGUUAACCGCCUGUAAGUCAGUCAUUGUUAUUUAAAUGGUUGGGGCGCAACAAACAUCAAUUGCAUCACAUGUUUGUAUCCAUCACGUUUUU